UAUAUAAAUGCUUCCAUUAUAAUGGACUAAAUCCAAACAUUGUAUCUACUUUUCCUAACAAGUUAAGAACCUUAAAUAUUAAAAAUAUUCAAGUGGUUGAAGUGAAAUAUUAUUACCUUUCACAUCAUAAUACAACUUUAGAGAAUCAGGGAUCAUCAACAAUUCUACUCAAAGCAGCAGAAUCCUUAAGAGUAAUGAUAAAGAAG